CUCUGACGGAGUUGUUUAGGGUUGCACUACUGAUGUAACUUUCACUUCCUGAUUGGUAAGGGUCACUCACAUGAGUGCAGAGUGUGGGACGUCUCGAGUUUUUUUCACCACAUUUCUCAUUAGUACUACGUUAGCAUAUUUAAAGUAUGUUACGGACUUUGUGUCGGGCCGGUGGAGCCCUUUUACAGCAGAGCCAGCGGACGGCACCGAGGCUGUGGGUCACCCCGGCUCAGCAGCGAUGGGCCUCCAGCCUCCCCAUGAACACAGUGGUCCUGUUCGUGCCCCAACAGGAAGCGUGGGUGGUGGAGAGGAUGGGCCGCUUCCAUCGCAUCCUAGAGCCGGGUUUAAACUUACUUAUCCCUGUACUUGACAAAAUUCGCUACGUGCAAAGUCUCAAAGAAAUUGUGAUCGAUGUCCCAGAGCAGUCUGCCGUGUCCUUAGAUAAUGUAACACUACAGAUUGAUGGAGUGCUCUACUUAAGGAUCCUUGACCCUUUUAAGGCCAGCUAUGGCGUGGAGGAUCCAGAGUACGCCGUCACACAGCUGGCACAGACCACCAUGCGCUCGGAGCUGGGCAAACUUACUCUGGACAAGGUGUUCCGGGAAAGGGAGUCCCUUAAUGCCAACAUGGUGCACUCCAUCAACCAAGCUUCAGACGAGUGGGGGAUCCGAUGCCUCCGCUACGAAAUCAAAGACAUACACGUUCCUCCUCGUGUCAAAGAGUCAAUGCAAAUGCAGGUGGAGGCUGAGCGUAGGAAGAGAGCCACAGUGCUGGAGUCUGAAGGGUCAAGAGAGGCAGCCAUCAAUGUCGCCGAGGGCCGCAAACGAGCCCAGAUCCUGGCCUCCGAGGGUGAAAAGGCUGAGCAGAUCAAUAAAGCCGCCGGUGAGGCCGAAGCAGUGCUAGCCAAAGCACAGGCCAAAUCUAAGGCCAUCCGCCUGCUGUCUGAGGCUCUGACUGAGCAGAACGGAAAUCCAGCCGCCUCGCUCAUGGUGGCCGAACAGUACGUGUCCGCCUUCUCCAACCUCGCCAAGCAGUCCAACACCAUCCUUCUGCCCACCAACACCGGGGACAUCACCGGAAUGGUCUCACAGGCUAUGGCCAUCUACGGCACGCUGGCAAAGACGAGCCCUGCCUUACCACCAGCUGGGGCCAGCGAGAAAAGGGAGGAGCUCCCAGAGCAGUCCGGAUCACCAGAAGAGCAGAGGACUCAGUGAUGAACUCAGAAGAAGAAGAAGAAGCGAACCACGGAACCAGAUGAGGCCGUUUAAGUUGUGCGUUUUGAGGCAUCGCCAUGCGAGGAGCGUUCACAAACCACCUCCUGAGAGGAUGAAACGGAGAAGCAGCUCGCCUUUACAGAGUCUGACGUGGAGCAAUGGGAUCCUGGGGACAUCACUUGUUAAAGGAUCCUCACCAAAUGUUGUUUCUGUACAGUUAUUAACGGACUCUGACUGGUCUGCCCACACAUGGAUGCAAACAUUGUCCUCUCCUGACCUAUCUCCUAUGCCCAGUAUACAUAUAUGUAUGUGUACAUGUAUGUAUACUAGGUAUGCGGGAUGGAAUUGUUUUUUGUUUUUUUUGUCAUAUGUGUAAUCAAAUAUGCCCCUCUAUCACUCACCCUAAAGUUGAAGAGAAACAUCAAAUUGUCUUUCAUGUGUUUUCCCUCCCUUUCAAUUCAAUAUUUCCCGACUGGGUAGAAUAAAUCCACUCAGGCUUGGUGGGAUUGUCAGUUUUCAUGUUGGCGCGGGAAAGCUUUCUGGUCCCUGCAUCGAUUUUGUUUUUGUUUAGUGACAAUUCAUCAUCCAGAUCAGUGGGACCAGACGCUUUGACCGAGAACCCAAUCUCCCCACGAAAGGCUGGCAUAAUUUGUGCUUUCGAUCUAGUUUUGACGAUCCUUGCCAUGAAAGGAAAAUCUCUCAGCAAGUAGAUCAAGACAAGUUAUGUCAGAAUACUUUCAAAUGUAGUGUGGAAGAGAGUUCAAGUUGCUGGACAUUUUGCAGUCAAAAAAUGUUUUGGAUCACUGAGGAUCUACCAUUUGGGAUAAUGAAAGUACUCAUAAAAAUAGUCAUGGCACAAUACAUGUGUUCUUGGGAAUGUUUGUUUUUUUAACUGCAAAGACCAGGUAGGGUAACUUAUAUAAGUAUAUAAAUAUAUACAUAUAAAUACAGUCCUUUGGUCAAAUAUUCCUGCCUUAUGUUUUUUUUUCCCUCCACCUCUGAUGUCUUAAAAUGUGUGUUUAAAGUAUCCUAAAGCAGAGAUGUUUAAAAAAAAUCUUUGGGAGAAAUCCCGAUCAUCUGAGCUUGUGCCGACCGGAGAAUUAACAAUGCAGAACGCCGGAUGAUCAUAAAAACAUAUUUUAAAUUUUUUCUAUACAUGACUCAUUAUUUACCCACAAAUAAAAGCGUUUCUCUGACUGGCAUGGGUGCCCGAGGUUAAACAACACUACUAUCGUCUUAA